AUGGCCCUGCUGACCCUUCUCCUGGCCCUGCCCGCCCUGGCCUGGGUCACCCCACCGCCCCCAACCCCACAAGGGACCAUCCAAGAGGUCACCCUGGACAUGGCGCCCUCGGCCUUCGACGACCGGUACCGUGGCUGCGGCCCCGCCAUGGCCGCGGCGCUGCCGGCGCUCAACCGCUCCGAGUUCCCCCUCAACGCCGACUACGCGGCGGGUUGGGCCCUGGCGGCGGCCGAGUGGCGCGUCCGGGGGUCCCCGGCGAGCCCCAAAACCCCGCUGAGCCCCGAGCAGGCCGUGGCCCUCUUGGCCUACACGGCGCCGGUGCCGCUGCACCGGGCCUUCAACGCGGCGUCGCGGGCGGCCGGGAGGUCCCGCCGCCACUACCGGGAGGGUUUCCACUUCAAGGCCUUGCAUUUCCUGCUGACGGGAGCGGUGGGAGAGCUGUGGGAGAAACAGGGCCGGCCGUGCCGGCGGGUUUUCCGAGGGGUGAGCGGGGUGAGGUUCCGGGCGCGGGCGGGAAGCGCGGUGAGGUUCGGCCACUUCGCGUCGGCGUCGCGGCGAAACGGCAGCGCCUGGGCCUUCGGCGCCGACACGGCCUUCGAGGUGCUCACCUGCCACGGGGCGGCCGUCAGGGAGUUCUCCUUCUUCCCCGAGGAGGACGAGGUGCUCAUCCCGCCCUAUGAGACCUUCGAGGUGGUUGAGGUGGCCGGGGGGGGCAAGGACGGGGUGAGGAUCUGGCUCCGCUCCGCCGGGACCCUCAGCAACUACAACUGCGAGUGGUUGAGAG